CAUUAACCUGUCCUUCUGGGAAGCUGCUGCAGAGCACACCUCGUUUCAACCUUUGCACAACAUUUCUCCAUUUCACAAACAGGGGGGAAAAAGAAAAAUGCAGUCACGGCUGAUGAGUGCGUUGUGAGAGCGUGGACGGGCAGCGGGUGAUCUCGCCGAAGCGACAGGGCCCGACGCCGACAGGUGACCAGAGCCUCAUUUCACGGAGCAAGAGGAGUCUGGUUCUUAUUUCCCUCCCCCCCCCCCCCCUCCCACACGUGGGAGGGAAGAUGUUGCCGCCACCUUUCACUUGUUACUGAACCCAGGAGUCCGCUGUCACUCAACCUUGCCACCUAGUGGAGCUGCGAAGGUUAAACUCCCUCCUGGUCCACAGAGAUAUUGCACACCGCUACCUCCCUCGUCUGGGGAGGUGCCUGCUCUGCAACAUUUCACGCCCAUCCCCUUCAUUUUUUACUUCAUUUUACCUGCUGAAAAAAUAAUAUAACACCAACCAGCAUUGCAUUUUACCAAAAUAUAAGUUGGUGAAGUAUUAAAAGCUCAUUUCCAGCUUCCUAUACAGGAGUUCAAGAGUCUGCUGGAUCUCGCAUAAAGAGGGGCUCUAUCCACUAACGGGACACAGAAACGUUUCCCUCUGUCCCUUGACGUGCAUGACUGUGUAAAAAGGCCAAAAACAAGUCCCAUCCAACAAGAAGCAAAUUGAGCCUCGGAGGAGGAAGAGUCACACCCACAACAAAGACUGGCCAAUAAGAGAAAAGCCAGAUGGAACCAUCAUCGAAUGGCACUUUCUCUACAGCUGCACCGACAGCAGCACAAAAUGGCACAGGGCCGACAGACAAAUACACCAAUCACAACUGGGAGUUCCUGGUGGCCGUCCUGGUCACAGCGAUCUCUGUCUCCAUCAUCAUCGCCCUUCUGGCCAAAUGCCAAGUGGUCCGCCGUUACCUGGCCAGCUACCGGCACACGCGGCUGAGGGAGACAGACUCCGUCGGCCAGUGUGACCAGUCAGGCCUAGAGGUAGAGUUCGCCAUGCACGGCGGACGUGGCGUGAACCCUCACUGUGUCCCGCCCGUGGGCGAGGAGGAAGACGACGACGGCUUCAUCGAGGACAACUACAUCCCGGCCAGCGAGAGGGCGAGGGCGGAGAGGGCGGCGGAGAUCAUGGAGGACACUGAGGAAGAGUUGGAUGAGAUUGAGUUCUCCAUCGCCUAGUCGCAGUGUCUCUACACCUCCUCAGCUGAACCACCAAUUCCACUCCCAUCUCCUCUUAAUUUCCUUUCUCUUUAUUUGAGUGAGAUUCACGUUGUCAGUCACAACAUUUUUAAACAUUCAGAAAACACAAAUAGCAAUGCUCAAGAGGAUGGUCUCACCGUGUGGUACUAGGACCAAAGAAAGAUAUUCUUUAUACGAGUCAAGCUGGUCAUGUUUUUUUUGUCAGCAGUUACAGUGAAUUAUAUGUUACUUAUUUUUGAUAAUCUAGGGAAUAAAAUUGUACCUUCAAAAAAGCAAAGGUUUUCUGAAAAGGGAAGGAUCAAAGUGUCUCCUUUAAAUAUCCACAUUAACAAAUCACUUUCGAAUCUGUUGACCGUUUUUGAUUGAUUGAUCCGCUGAUGUUGUAGUACGGGUCACGCAAAAGUACCUUAGACAGAUGACCUCAGCUGUGCCGACUGUGAGCAGGAACAUAUAACUCUGGCACGUCGUGUUUUGCCAGGGAAACAACAAGCAGAAGUGUGUGUACGUGCAUGGAUGUAUAAUAUGCCUCGGGACCAAUUCACGCUGUAAUUAAAAAGGCCUUUUCAAUUGUUCAAAAACA